AAGUCUGCAGGAGGAAUCAUCUUGAAAAGUCCAUGAUUUUACAGACAAUACGACACAGAACCUCCCACAUCUUUAUAUAUAUGUGUACAUAUAUAUGUAAAUUCCACAUCUUUAUAUAUAUAUAUACACAUAUAUAUGUAAGUUUCAUGGGAGAAGGAAUCAUGUUUAAAAGUCUGAUUUUACAGAGAACCCGACACAGAAGCCACCCCCAUCUUUCUCUUUCUUUCUCAAUCCAGAAUUUUACCAUUUUUAAAUACCUGCAUUCACAUCAUUCCAUUUUUACCCUCCUUCUCACAAACUAUUUUACCGUUUUCUUUUCAAAAAUUAACGAGCAAAUGCAGCCAAAACAGAGCCAUUCUGGAAGUCUCUGUCUCUCUCUCUCUCUCUCUCUCGCUUACCUCCCUCUGCCCCCAUAACCAUAAACGCCUGCAAUCUUACCGAUACCAAACUCAGCAGCUAUUAACUACUUGUCUUCAUGGCGGAAACAAGCUCUAGUACCAGCAACAAUGGAUCAGUUCCAAUCCUUAAGUUGGCCCCAGAUCAUCUCUUCACAAUCUUGCUUCUACUCCCGAUUGAUUCAAUCCUCUCCUUUUCCAUGUCUUGUAAGAGAUUUAGGUCCUUAGCCUGCUCUGAUAGUUUGUGGGAGUCUAUAUGCAGGAGGGACUGGGAACAAAAAUCGGUGGAUGCCCUUAAGUCUGUGUAUCAUCAUCAUGAGAGGCAGCUGCUUCCAUGGAUGAGCCUGUACGAGAAAGUAUAUAAGCUUGAUUCAGUUUAUUGCCACAAACUGUCGGACCCAGAUGGUGAAUUCAUGGUUCCCAGUCCCAGAGCUUCUCACUCUCUCAAUUUUGUGUCUGAUUGUUUGGUCUUAUUUGGGGGUGGCUGUGAGGGAGAAGGUCUUAAUCAAGAAGAUAAUGUUGGACGUCUGGAUAAGUCAGACUUGAAAAGGUAUUCAAGGAGAGAUAAGUCAGAAAAAACCAUCAUGCAAUCUGUUUCAGGCCAAAAAUCUUCUCUGGUUCCAAAAGAUACUGGACGUCAUCUUGAUGACACAUGGGUAGCACAUACUGGUAAGGAUUUCCAGAGGAUGUUGAAGUGGCAGAAAGUUACAUCAGGUGUCCCGAGUGGGAGAUUUGGGCAUACAUGUGUUGUAAUUGACAAUUAUCUUGUUCUGUUCGGAGGAAUCAAUGACCGAGGAGAUCGCCUAAAUGAUACAUGGGUGGGGCAAGUAUCAGGCCAUGAUAACUUUGGCAUCACAUUGUCAUGGAGGCUGCUUGAUGUUGUAUCGUCUGUGCCACCUCCUCGUGGGGCGCAUGCAUCAUCUUGUAUUGAUAACCAGAAGAUGGUUAUUCACGGAGGGAUUGGGAUGCAUGGCGUCAGGUUAGAUGACACAUGGGUUCUAGAGCUCUCUGAAAGUCUUCAGUCUGGAACAUGGCAUCAGAUUGUGACAAGUCCAUCACCUCCAGCACGGUCAGGACAUACUCUGACAUGCAUCAGAGAAGCCCAGUUAGUUCUGUUUGGAGGGAGAGGGUUGGGUUAUGAUGUUCUCAAUGACAUUUGGUUAUUGGAGAUGAAUGAGGAUCAUCCAAGAUGGAUACAAAUACUCUACGACUUAUGGAACGUACCAAAAGGAGCUUCCCUACCUCGAGUUGGUCACUCGGCUACACUCAUCUUGGGAGACAAGGUGCUAAUCUACGGAGGGGAAGACUCGUGUAGGCACAGGAAGGAUGAUUUCUGGGUUUUGGAUGUCAAUAAAAUUCCUUCCAUUAGAGUGCAACCCGCAUCAUUGAAAUUGAAACCAUUAUUCACGGGAAUGUGGAAGGGGCUCAAGGCAAAGGGCUACAAACCUAACUGUCGAUCAUUCCAUCGAGCCUGUGUAGAUCAUUCUGGAUGGAAUCUGUAUGUGUUUGGUGGGAUGGUUGAUGGCUUACUUCAACCUGCUGAAUCAUCUGGGCUUCGUUUUGAUGGUGAGCUGUUUCUAGUUGAUCUUGUUCUUUAGCUGUAGAAGGCAACCACAGCUUCAUCAUGGUUAUCAGCUGCACUGACAUACAUCAAACUGAUUCUUGUAGAAUAAAGCUACCCUUCUUAGAAUUCUCUUGCAAAAAGAUUGGCAUCUUGUUUAGGUAAUUUGGUGGUUGUGGUGAGUAAAAAGAUUCUGUUAAAAAAGGUUUAUUGUUAGUAAUGAAAAAGUAAAUUUCAAGAUAA